GCAAAAUAUAUAAAUAACUUAAAGUUGUUGGCUGGUUAUUGUCUACGCAUUGAUUUGUGAAUCAUCUGUUUUUGUUUCUCCUCGUUUUCGUCGCUUUGUUCAAGUGACUAAUUACAGUGGUUUUCAAAUUACGCAGUGAAUUGAUUUUCUCUUUUAUCUUUUUCAAUAUGAGACAAGGAAUGUGCAAGCGAAUAAUAAACAUAAAACAUGGACACCGAUCAGCCAACGUUACAACUCGAGCAAUUGAAUGAACGCGAGCUAUAUGUGCAAUGCAUUACGAAGCAAUUGGAGGAGGUCGACUUGCUCUCAUCGAUUUAUUGUACGCCCGGCGAAAUGCAUAUUCUCGAUGCGAGCGUCAUCAGCGACUUCAAUGACUUUCUCAAUACGCCCAGUGCUGUGCCCACGAUCGUGUUAAAGGCACAUUUGGAUUAUAUAAUUACCGUGAGCGUGCUGCAUGGCAAGUCCAAAGAGAAAGUGGAUAUACGCAUUGAAUUGCCCAAUCUCUAUCCUCUGCUGGAGAAUGCGCUUGUAACGAUAUUUAGUACGCUGUUGGGCAAAGCUAAAGAACAGCAUUUAAAACGUGAAAUUGAAAAGUACAUAAACGCAAUGGAUAAGAGUGAAUGCUAUGUAUUUCAAGUGGUGUCCUGGUUGCAAGAUGAACUGAACGAGCUGAUCAUGCGUGAUGCUAGUGAAUUCGAGGUGAAAACGCAGUUGACGGCGAAUGCAAAUGAGUGCGCAUUGGAAUGUGAACGCCUAUGGAUUUACUCGCAUCACAUUAAAUCGAAGAAAAAGCGUCAAGAAAUUCAAAGAGUGGCACGUAAUAUGGAUUUAAGUGGUUUUUCGCGUCCUGGCAAGCCGGGCAUUAUAUGCGUCGAGGGUUUGCGUGAGCACACACAGGAGUUUUGGCGCAUAAUCAAAGCCAUGCAUUGGCAGCAUAUCACUAUUUGCAAGAGCGAAUUGUGGCAGGGUAAAUUGGAGCAGCGACGUCGCUUUGACGGUUUCAAAGAGCAACUCUUCUGCGAUGAUCUGGAUAAUGAGGAAGGUGUAAUGAAUAUGGCGCUAUUUAAAAAAUAUUUGGAAACGCACAAAUCGGGUUAUAUGAAAAAAGAGCUCUUCGGUUUGGAGUAGAGCAGCGUGUGUGUUAAAUGAAAGAAACAAAGAGGAAGAUAAAACACCAUUAAAAUGUAAGAGAAACGAUAGCAAAAACAAAAACUGCCAACGUGGAAGCGAAAUAUUUGAUUUGGAAACGAUAUUUCCGUCUUGUAAUUGACGUUUUAUGCAUAUAUUUUUAAUAUGCAUAUAUUUUUUAGCAAACUUAAAUUUCUUUAUGCAGCAAAUUAAAACUCGAAACAAUAAAACUUAUAAUAUACGUAAAAAA